AUGCCAGAAAGACCGGAGUUUCCGUCGCAGAAUGUACCAGGGGUCGUAAGCAAAUGCUCAGCCUGUCGCUUCAGGAGAUUUGCCGCCGCAAGGUUGCCCGUCAGUCAUACCGGGCAUCGUCUGGGAAGUCCUCCGGCUUCGAAAGGCUUCAGUCAUGUUUUCUUCGAGAAUUCCCGCCCUCGCGCCGACCAUCCGCCGAUUCCGAGGUUCUUGGAAUCAGAUACCCUUUUGAUUGCCAGUUCCAGUGCUGCCAUGCCACAUUGUCUCCGCGGGCUCCCGGCCGGUGGUCUUGGAGGGCUCUGGCGGCGCCGUCUCGGCAGUCUCGUCAUAGUCCGACUGGAGUUUGACCUGCGCGUCUCCUUCUUUGACGUCCCAACUGAGUCCGAAGUAGAGGGCGCCGCCGAGCACUCCCGCGCCUGCCACGGCGGCAGUUGCCAAUCGAUGUCGCGCAAGCAUGCCGAUGCUAUUCCGAUUUCACAGAAGACGAGGUGUUUGGGCGAUGAAUAA